GUGAAGUUAUUUUUAUUGAAAAUUGUGUCUGUAUUUAUUUUGUCUGCGGAAAUUGUGUGAAAAUUGGUGAAAUUUCAAGGAAAUUCCAAGGAGAGACGUCGAGGAUCUCUCUGAGGCGGUGGAAUGUCCGUUUCGCUCGAGGAAAUUCUGCACGGUGUGCGAAAGAGACGUGAAGAAAGGGCGCACGAGAAGAAACGCGAUGAGGCUGCCGUGGUCAUCCAGGCUCUUAUCCGGGGAUGGCUCACACGGAGACGGCUCACGCGGGGCCUCUUCAUUGAAUUCGACGACCUACUGACUGAAGAUCCCAUCUUGGAAUUGCGUGGAUGUUUCCAAGUGUACAGUGUGGCAUCGCGCUUUCUGACACGCCUCAACGAGCAUGAUCCUGACCAUCGGGAUCGCCUGGAGCGACUCUGUCGUUACUUGGUGGCCUCAUUGGACUCAGAUUCGCCAAAGACAAGCUACAUUGGCGUGGCGCUGAAUAAGGAGUACAGCCUGUCGUGGAUCAAGCAUCUGAAGCUGCUGCUGCACAAGUGCUGUGUCUGCAUGGAGAUGCUGAAGCCGGAGAAGCACUCAGAGAGCAUCUCUCUAGCGUUGUACUUGCACACGCUCGUGGCGUUCACUUCUCCAAACAAUUGGACACUGCUGCGGAACAAAGCUCUGGCUGGGUUAAAGCCAGGAAUGCAGCAACUGUGCAACAAUAUUCUGGGCGGUCUCAUUCAGAAGGGCUUCUUUGUGUCCCUGAGAAACGUACUGAUUCGGGGAACGUGUAAGAGUCAAGUUACACUAAAGCCUAUCUCGUUAACUGCCCUUCUAACACUAGCCACUCGUCCUCUCGUCACGGGCAGUUUCAGCGAGAAUCUCCUGACGAUGUUCCUAAUUCACGUUCUCUCAGUGCCAGCUCUCGUGGCCACAGUUGAGACUCACAUCCCAGAAUUCAUGGCACAGCUGCAAUCUCUCAAGAUCUUGCAACUCAGUGUGGAUCUCCUCGGUGCUGAGAUAUCCAUGCGUGUCAUUACGAACAGCAUUCAAGGCACACAGACGCUUGCCUUGCUAGCCAACCUUGUGCAUCUCUUCAACAUGGAACCCUUGCCAAUUGCCACUGAAAUGGCCUUUCCCACCUUCACGAUCGUCACCACGAAACUUUUGCAGAGCAUCCCGGCGUCUGUGGGCCCCAAGAGUGGCGCUUUCACGCAGUGGCAUGAGCUUCUGGGUUGGUUCUCGCCAAGCGGCCAAGAUGUAGCCACAUCCACAGAGAAUUUACCUGCGAUUAAGCGCCAAAUCCACCUUCUGUGGAGUCACAGGUCCGUGAAAAUUCUCCUCGGCGACAAUUUGAAAGCACUGACGGCGACAUAUGACAAGGCGGACAUCUACGUGCCCCAGCCAGCUUCUAACUCUAGUCUCUUGAAGCGAGCACUCGAGAGAACGUCCAGCAAGGGAUCAUCAGCACAGGCAAAGUCAUGGCGCAAGCUUGGAUCCGCUGAAGUUACGCGAAUUUCCUUAGUGGCUGCUUUGUACAACGCAGCCUUAAGUACUUUGGCGCAAUUAAAAUUGGACAUCUUGUCUGGAUUGUGCUACACAGAUGCUGUGCUUCAUGAUCUGUGGCUUCUAGUGGCGUCUUUGGGUCCUAUUUGCGGACUGAAAUCUUUCUUGGAACUCCUGCAAGUCGGCGGUGGAACUUCUUUGGCGCCCCCGCUUCUUCUGCUGUUGCUCUUCAGCGAUUGUAUGACUCACUAUGUGACGAUUCUCGAUGAUAUCGAGAUGUACGAACAACAAACACCUUUCCAAUUGACAGACUUCGUUGCUUUGUCCUAUUUUCUCAACAAUUUCCUGUAUCGCGCCAUUCAGGAGGGGCUUUUCGACCCGAAGACUCUCACGUCAUCUUCUCUUUUUGUAUCCACGCACACACUAUUGCUUUGCCUCUAUCGACGGGACUGCAGACGCGCCUUUGCACCCCAAAAUCACUGGUUGAUUCAUGAAAUUCGACCAGCACACUUUGUCAGCGAUCUGGAAAAGGGCAAAAAGCACACUCAAGUGCUGCUGCAGAAGAUGCCUCACGUCAUUCCGCAUGAAGACAGAGUCAAACUCUUCCGGAAGUAUGUGCAGAAUGAGAAGGCAGUGCUGGGACUGACAGAAUCUGCAUGUGCUGCUCAAAGUUCAGCCCUGAUUACUAUUCAUCGCGACAGAAUUGUGGAGGAUGGAUACAGACAACUUGCACUUCCGCCACACAGUCUCAAGGGUGUGAUCAGGGUGAGAUUUAUCAAUCAACAGGGACUCGAUGAGGCGGGAAUCGACCAGGAUGGAGUGUUUAAGGAGUUCCUGGAGGAGACAAUUAAGCGCGUCUUUGAUCCAUCACUCAAUCUCUUCCGAACGACAACGGAUCAGCGACUCUAUCCAUCACCAACAUCUCAUUUGCAAGAGAAUCACUUGCAACUCUUCGAGUUUGUGGGACGAAUGCUGGGCAAGGCGGUUUACGAGGGGUUCCUGGUAGAGGUACCCUUCGCCUCAUUCUUCCUCUCCCAACUUCUGGGACAGACUCACCAGGCACUGUACAGUUGCAUGGAUGAACUGCCAUCAUUGGACAAAGAGCUUUACCGCAGUCUUACAUUCAUCAAACACUAUCAGGGCGAUGUUUCGGAGCUCGAUUUGACUUUUUCAGUGGACGAGGACGUUAUGGGGAAGAUUGUGACACACGAAUUGCAUCCAGGAGGAAGAAUACGCCCUGUGACCAAUGAUAAUAGGAUUAACUACAUCCACUAUAUGGCCUAUUUUCGGAUGCACACACAAAUUAAGGAGCAAACAGCAGCGUUUAUUCGUGGAUUCAGGAGUAUCGUUAAUCCUGAAUGGUUGUCACUCUUCUCAACGCCAGAACUUCAGCGUUUAAUAUCCGGAGAUACGGCGCCGCUAGAUUUGAAAGACCUCCGGAAACACACGCAGUACUACGGAGGAUUUCAUGAUUCGCACAGAGUUGUUGGUUGGUUGUGGGACAUCCUGGCCAGGGACUUUACAGAGGAGGAACGAAAGCUCUUUCUAAAGUUCGUGACGUCCUGUUCGAAACCUCCACUGCUGGGAUUCGCCCAUCUGGAGCCCCCGUUCUCCAUUCGGUGCGUUGAAGUGGGCGAUGAUGAGGACACCGGCGACACGAUUGGCAGUGUUAUCAGGGGUUUCUUCACAAUAAGGAAGCGAGAUCCUCUUAAUCGACUUCCUACUUCAUCAACGUGCUUCAAUCUUCUCAAGUUGCCCAAUUACCAGAAGAAGAGCACUCUUCGGGAGAAGUUGAGAUACGCCGUCUCGAGCAACACGGGCUUCGAGUUGUCGUGAAUCGUCAACGAAAUGCAAAUAAUAAUAAUCAGUAACAGUCGGUGUAAUUUUAAAAGUUGCCACUUAGUGAUUAAUGUAGUGAUUUUCACCUGAAUGUCCAUUUAAUCAAUCGUCUAUUUCUCCGUGAUUUUUUGUUGAAUGUUGAACUGUGAUAGAGGCAUACCCUAAUGAAUUAAACCUAGAUAUAUAUCUAUAUACUAAGUGUGAAAAAGAAAGAAAAAAAACGAGAAAAACAUAGAUAGAAUGAUAUGAUUAUAUUUGUAAUGAAAGAUAUUCGACGUCAUUCACGUAUAGACUACAUAUCGUAGACGGAGGCUGACAGAGGCUGAAGGUGUGUGUUUCGUAAAUAUAACGUAAAUAACCAAAAAUGUAAGAAAAA